AACCACUAUCGAGAAUCCCUGUCGCGUCCGGUAUGUGACAAAAGUACAGCGGGGCUCUUCCAGGCACUCCAGUGACGUCCAAGCUUCCAAUUUCUCCAGGGUUCAAAUCGACAGUGUCUGAACUUGAAGAAUACCUCAACAUCAGGUUUCGCAUUCGAUACGAAGGGUUCGAUACCGAACUGAGGACUGCAGCUUUCCGGAUCAACCAUGUCCUUCGUCAAAAGAAACACCGUCCUAUCCUCACCGAGAGCCGGACUUACGCCGUCCACUCCCCAGCAGCAACAGCCGAAACAGGAAAAACAGCUUGCGCCGGGACUUCGACCAUCACCAACAGAUGGCAGGUUGACCACUUCAACUGGCACUGCUUUUCUCGACCAGCUUCUUGCAGGACACGGUGGACUUCCUCUGGGCACAUGCUUACUGGUUGAGGAGCAAGGAACCACCGAUUUUUCUGGUAUCCUUCUACGGUACUAUGCUGCCGAGGGUCUCGUCCAAGGGCACCAAGUCCACGCAGUGGCCUUCCCACCAGAAUGGAGGCAUCAGCUCCCAGGCUUGGCCUCCCCUGACAAGAAGUCAAAGACUGCAUCACCAGCCCCGGCACCAGAAGAGAAGAUGAAGAUCGCGUGGAGAUACGAGUCGCUGGGCAACAAUGCCACUUCAGGAGCUUCUACUCGUGGGGAUUCUGGAGCUCCUUUCUGUCACUCCUUCGAUCUGACCAAGAGGCUUGCAAGCUCCGAGUCCAAGGGUACACUGAACCCGAUUCCGGUUGGCGGUGCACCAAGUCUAGAACGGAGGAGUGUUGGGACAGCUUCGCCUCUAAAGACUAUUCUCAAGCAAUUGCGGGCCAAGCUGGAGACCUCAGGACCAAAUGCCAUUCAUAGACUGGUGGUGCCCAGUCUUCUGUCACCAACCCUUUAUCCUCCUGGAUGUGCCCAACCCUCGGAGGUUCUACAGUUCUUGCAUGGGCUACGGGCUCUCCUCCGACAGUAUAGCUCACAGCUCACAGCAAUCAUCACCUUCCCGACGUCACUGUUUCCUCGCAGUUCGGGUUUGGUUCGGUGGAUAGAGAUCCUUUGUGACGGCGUCGUCGAGCUCAUCCCCCUACCUGCCAGACUUGGUGCUGCACCCCCGCCGCCUUCGGGGUCGGAUCCCAAGGCAAACGAGCAACCUCAGGGUCUGUUCAAAGUAUACACGCUGCCUGUAUACCACGAGAAGGGUGGAGGAGGCGCAGAGUCGGGUAAUUUCCGCGAGAACCUGUCAUUCAGCUUGAGCGCAUCCAGGGGCUUGGUGAUCAAGCCGUACAGUCUCCCGCCUAUGCUCGAGGAUGAGGAGGAGAAACCCUCGGCUGCUCCAAAGAAGGAUGGGCUUGAUUUCUAAAGUCACCUUCCGCUUGGCAGCUUAACGGCUUGUUUUUGCAAAUAACCGACAGCCCAGGUGUUGGGUACGCUGAAGUCCACUGAAACCAUUGGUGAAGGCCCCGCCAGAGACUCCGGGCUUACAGCGACGUCUGGGGUGGAGCUCAACGAAAAUGUGU